AUGACAACAUUCAAAAGAGUUGGAGACUAUGUUAGACAGACUUACCCUAUGUAUGUUGGUAGCAAACCUGUCACCAAGUCAUCAAACUACCUCAAUGUAAUCGAUAAGUUCACAAACAAGCAUGUCAGCACAGUGCCAAUCGCAGACAAACAAACUAUUGAUGAAGCUAUCAACAUCACUGUGAAGGCUGCACCGGCAAUGGCAGAGAUGACAUCAUUCCAGAGGAAGGAGGUGUUGCUGGAUGUGGCGAACAAGCUCAGCAAGCGACAGGAGGAGUUUGCCCAGGCGAUCGUGGUCGAGGUCGGCAAGCCCCUGAUCGAUGCCAACACCGAGGUUGGACGCGCCAUCGAAUCUUUCACUAUUGCCGCCGAGGAGACGGUGCGCCAGUACGGUGAGAACGUGCAGCUCGACAUCUCGAGGAGGAACGCUGGCUUCCAAGCCGUGUCCAAGCGCUUCCCCGUCGGUCCCAUCUCCAUGAUCGCCCCGUUCAACUUCCCGCUGAAUCUCUGUGCGCACAAGGUUGCCCCGGCUAUUGCCGCUGGCUGCCCCUUUGUGCUCAAACCAUCGGAUCGCACGCCAAUCAGCGCUAUGCUGCUGGGCGACCUGCUGUCCAGCGUGGCGCUGCCCGAGGGUGCCUUCUCAAUCUUCCCCACGUCCCUCCAAGACGCGCCCAUCCUCAGCAGAGACGAUCGAUUCAAGUUGGUGUCAUUCACUGGCAGUCCUGCAGUGGGCUGGCGCAUUAAAGAGGAGUCAGGCCGCAAGAAGGUGGUGCUGGAGCUUGGUGGCAAUGCGGCCUGUGUCGUCGAUCAGUAUAACGACCAGUCAAAGCUGGCGUCCAUUGCCAGCAGGAUACUGUUUGGAGGAUUCUACAGCGCAGGCCAGAGCUGCAUAUCAGUGCAGCGUGUCUACAUCCACGAGAGCCACUAUGAGACCCUGAAGCGACUGUUGAUCGAAGGCGCGGCUCAGCUCAGCAAGCGCUGUGGAGAUCCAAUGGACAUCAACACAUUCUAUGGACCAAUGAUCACAGAGUCCGAUGCGAUCCGUAUCGAGGGCUGGGUCCAAGAGGCCGUCAACAAGGGUGCCAAGCUAUUGUUUGGUGGAAAGAGACAUGACCGAGUGUUUGAUCUCACCAUAUUAGAGAAUCCACCAAAGGAUUCGUGCAUCAGCUCCAAGGAGGUGUUUGCGCCAGUGUUCUACAUCGAACCAUUCACAGACUUUAAAGAGGUGGUGCGAAGAGUCAACGACUCUGAGUUUGGUCUCCAAGCAGGAGUGUUCACAACAGACAUCAACAGAGCCUACUACGCCUUUAACAACAUUGAUGUUGGUGCCGUUGUAAUCAAUGACAUACCAUCAGUCCGAGUCGAGUCACAAGCUUAUGGAGGUAUCAAGUCGUCUGGACUUGGAAGAGAAGGUAUUAGACAUACUAUUGAGGAGUAUACAGAGUUGAAGCUUAUGUUAUUGAAAGAUGUUGGAAAGAUAUAA